AUGAUAACUCAGAACAAUAAUAAUAAGCGUCGAGGGUGGCCUAGUGCCGGUAAUUCUGAGGACUCGCCAGAGGCCCCUAGUGAUUCGGGAGACCUUAUUGACGCGGCGACACACCUCAUUGAGGCCUUCACUAGCAGGCAAACCACGACGCAGGUACAGGUCCCGCACUUGACUGCCUUCGACCGUUUCUACAAACAGCACCCUCCGCUGUUCGACGACAAGGGUACUGAACUGGAUAAUGACAACUGGUUAGAGCGCCUUGAGAAAAUCUUCAAAGUGGUUGCCUGUACAGAAGAACAAAAAGUAGAAAGUGCGGUGUACAAUCUGGCUGAUGUGGCUAACGGGUUGUGGAGGGCCACUCAUGGGCUCAUUCAACAAGAGUUGGGAGAAUCCACUCCGAUUUCUUGGAGCAAAUUUAAGGAGGUUUUUAACAAUCGGUUCUUUCCCUUAUCGAUUCGAGAGACUAAGGCCAGAAAGUUCGCAGACCUAAAGCAGGGAUCAAUGACAGUGAGGCAGUAUGCCUCCAAAUUUGUAGAGUUAUCGAGGUUUGCUCCACAUUUAGUUCUUAUCGAGUCGCUGAAGGCUGAAAAGUUUGAAAGAGGCUUGAACCCCAAGAUCAUGGACUCCCUUCUUGCGUUAAAAAUUAGAAAAUUCACCGACCUAGAAGAUCAAGUGGUAAUUCUGGAGGAGAAUCUUCGUGUCAGAGCGGGAGAGUUUAGUCAGAGAAAGAGGCAGUUCUGA